UCUUAAAAAGAAGUUUUCACAUCUGGCGGGAACGAAAGAGCAGCGCAUUUGGCGUUGCGAAACCGCGUCCACCUUUGCACAAACAAACAAAACAACAUCAUCAUAAGAAUUGAAGAAGAAAGAAGAAGAAGAAAGGAGGAAGAGAGGAACGUUUUUCUCGUUAAUUUCUUCCCCUCUCUUCCUCUUUCUCUUUCAAUAACAAUGGCCAUGUUUUACAAACAAUGAAUCCUUAUUAUCAUUAUCAUUAUCAUAAUCAUAUUAUUGUAUUAAUUAUUAUAAUUGCAUUCAUUCGCCAUGCGUUGGUUGCCAACUCUUAUUUUCUCUCCUUCUUCUCAUUCUCAAUCUUCUAACCCUUCUUCUUCUUCUUCAUCUCCUUCAACUUCUGACCCUUCCGAUCCUAGAAAGAACACGCGCGGCACGUGGUUUUUCGGUAACGGUAAAAAAUCUACGCGCUCAAGGAAGUUACGUCACGUCGACGAUGAUCAUUCCGAAUACGACGUCGUUGCGCCUCCUAUUUCUCGUUCUCCAAGCGCACGUUCCUACAUUCGCUCCAAUACCUCUUCCUCUGUCGCGCCUCAGCCGUUGCCAUUGCCGGAGCUAGCUUCUCCCGCCGCGUUGCUUCGCCAGAGAGAUGCAGUUCGUUUGCCGUCGCCUAAAGAGGCUAACGGCAAAGCCUUAGAACACGAUGUCGCUGCCGUCGUCGGUUCUCUUCCGACUGGCUUUAAGAUGCGCAGUGUUUUUGCUAGCCAAGAGACAAGAAGGAAUAUGGAGCAUAUGGAUACAAAGCCACCAGGGAAUAUGAUGGUGCGUCAAAAUACAAGUGGUGAUGCAACUCCAAGCUUUCGAGGAAAUAGCUUCGAGAUCAGUGUACCCCCAAGGAGUGCUCCAUGCAGUCCCUUUACCAGUCCCUCAAUCAGCCCAAACAACCCCAAGAAUGAUGAUUUUGUGCCAUAUUAUUAUGUGUCACCUAAAGCCAAUCAGUUCUGGUCUGCACCAGAAUUUCCCACAUCUACCGGGCAACCACCUCCUGCUUUCUUUGAUUUAUCUGCAUUAGGCAUUGAUUGUGCCACUUCUCCCCAUCAGAGUUCUGGAGGAAGAAGUCCUAUACAACAAAACCCCAAAAGCCCAACUAGACCUUCUUCACCAUUACCUAGAUUAUCCCUUGACACCCCAACAACUUCACGUCGUGAAAGUCUUGGUCUUCCUCUCACUGUUCAUCCUUUACCCUUGCCUCCUUGGCCUGGGACUUCCUUACCUUCACCCUCUUCUGCCUAUUCCCAACCUGGGGUGGCUAAGACAGAAUCCUUAUCUAUGAAAAGCCAAUGGCAAAAGGGUAAACUUAUUGGCCGAGGUACUUUUGGAAGUGUUUAUGUUGCCACCAAUAGAGAAACUGGAGCAUUGUGUGCAAUGAAGGAAGCAGAAAUAUUUUCUGAUGAUCCAAAAUCUGCAGAGAGUAUAAAGCAGUUAGAACAGGAGAUUAAAGUUCUUAGCCAACUGAAACAUCCAAACAUUGUGCAGUAUUACGGUAGUGAAAUAGUAGGAGACAAGUUUUAUAUUUACUUGGAAUUCAUCCAUCCUGGUUCAAUAAACAAAUAUGUUCGUGAUCACUGUGGCGCAAUAACAGAGUCUGUGGUUCGGAAUUUCACACGGCAUAUUCUUUCCGGGUUGGCUUACUUGCACAGCAAAAAGACAAUUCAUAGGGAUAUCAAGGGGGCUAACUUGCUUGUUGAUUCCUCUGGUGUUGUUAAGCUUGCUGAUUUUGGGAUGGCCAAGCAUCUAACUGGGCAUUCUGCUGAUCUGUCUCUGAAAGGAAGUCCAUAUUGGAUGGCUCCAGAGCUUAUGCAAGCAGUCAUACAUAAAGAUAACAGCUCUGAUCUAGCUUUUGCUAUUGAUAUUUGGAGUUUGGGUUGUACAAUUAUUGAAAUGUUCACGGGGAAGCCUCCUUGGAGUGAAUAUGAAGGAGCGGCAGCUAUGUUCAAGGUAAUGAAAGAUACCCCUCCUAUACCAGAAACGUUGUCAUCAGAGGGUAAAGAUUUCUUGAGGCUUUGUUUUAAAAGAAAUCCAGCUGAACGACCCACUGCUUCUAUGUUAUUAGAGCAUCGGUUUCUGAAAAACUCACAACAGUCAGAUCUUUCAUCUUCAUGUCAUCUGUAUAAUGGAAUAACCUCAAUGGAUAAACCUUUUAGCCCAAGAGGGUUAUUAGAAAACAGACCUGAUCAGUUUUCUAUUUCCAAUGCACAGAUUGCCAAAGGGAAAUCUGCUACUGAUAGUGGCAUGGCAAUGUCCUACUCACUCUACUCUUGAAGAACUUCCCAGCUCACCCUCCUCUAUACUAGGCUUGCACCACAUUCGAUCAAAAUUGUGAUUAAUGUCACUGUAGCUGUGUCAAACAUAGCAAUAGGGAACAAAAAGGUUAUUUUCAAAAGAAUAUGCUAAGGGAAGUUCUCACUCAAUAUGCAAAUGACAUGAGUUCAAGCGUACCAUGUUUUAGAUGACUUGCAAAUAUUGCUGUUGAAGGUUCUUCUCGAGAUUUUCAUUGAUUCCUCUGAAAGUAAUGGACAUAUUUAAUAUGGAGUUUAUACUGCAAGUGAACGUUGAAGCAGAUUUUGUAAAAAUUAGAAUGCUCCAGCAGUAACUGUAACACAAGUUAUGUGGGAAAAAAAUUACAUUAAAAGUUUAUUUUUCUUUUAUUUUUUCAUUUUUUUCUUUUAUUUUUUCAUUAGAUGGGAUUACACCAUUGUAUUUUGUAAUUGACAAACUUUCUGUAAGAAAAGGAAAAAAUUGGACAGAAAGGCACUUUUAUAGGUCGAUCAACUUUAGGAUGAAAUCAAAUCUGAUUAUGUACAUAUGUUACCCAAUCUAUCUAAUUAAAUGCA